CGGCGGGGCCGCCACGUCAGGGCCGCGUCGCGGGCGGGGCGGGCAGCGAGGGCCCGGCCUUGCCUCGUCCCCUCCGCCCCCGUCCGGUGCCGGAGCCGUUGCGCAGGGAGCGAGCGGGGCCCGCGGCCAUGGAGGCCCGCUACAACCUGAAGAGCCCGGCUGUUAAACGUUUGAUGAAAGAAGCUGCAGAACUGAAGGAUCCUACAGAUCAUUAUCAUGCACAGCCUUUGGAGGAUAAUCUUUUUGAAUGGCACUUUACUGUUAGAGGCCCUCCAGAUUCAGAUUUUGAUGGAGGGAUUUAUCACGGGCGAAUAGUACUGCCACCUGAAUAUCCCAUGAAACCACCCAGCAUUAUUUUGCUGACGGCCAAUGGCAGGUUUGAAGUGGGGAAGAAAAUUUGUUUAAGCAUCUCAGGGCAUCAUCCUGAAACGUGGCAGCCUUCAUGGAGUAUAAGAACAGCUUUACUAGCCAUUAUCGGAUUUAUGCCAACCAAAGGUGAAGGAGCAAUAGGAUCUCUGGAUUAUACACCAGAAGAAAGAAGAGCUCUUGCAAAGAAGUCACAAGACUUCUGUUGUGAAAUGUGUGGUACAUCUAUGAAGACAGCCCUCUUACCACUAAAAUCCGGAAGCGUGUCAAGACAGGCGCACAAGGAGGCUAAAGAACUUGCCAGAAAAAUUAGCUUCAAGGCUGAAGUCAAUUCAUCGAGGAAGUCUGAUGCUGGACCCUCAAGCACAUCAGAAUUGAACCAUUCUGCCACUUCACCUGAAGCCCAGCAGGAUGGUGCAACUAGAGCAUUCCAGGAUCCAAAAAGUGCAACGUCAGAAACUCAGAAUAGCAGUGCAGCAGUCAGUCAAGAGCAUACUCCAGCUGUGUCUACUAACACCUCUAUGAGUCCUCGGCAGCGCCGUGCCCAACAGCAGAGUCAGAGACGGGCUCCGUCUUCAACUGACUUUAAUCGGGUACAGCAACCGAGAGUCAACAUGAACAACACUGGAUCAACUGUUCUGAUUGUCCUUCUGACUUUUGCAUUGGCAGCUCUUAUAUUUCGUAGAAUAUAUUUGGCUAAUGACUAUAUAUUUGAGUUAUAAGGUCGUUUCUGUCGUAACAGCAAUGACUUGAAUGCUUCAUUGAACAUUCUGUAUUGGAUAUGAUGUGAGAACUGUUUAGAAAGGUUAUUAUUUGUAUUUAUGCUUAAAUCCUUACAAAUGUUAAUGUACGUACAGAUACAUUACUUGUAAGAAAAGUAAAGUUGGGCGUUUAACUGCAAGUGUUAAUUGAGUGCCCAGUAGCUCCUUGGAGAAACAGUGCAGUGGAAUAGUAAAAUUGUGGCGUGGGUGGGGAGUCAAUUUCAGUAAUUUAUCAAUUAAAAAAGGCAAUUUAAACAAAGUGGUUGAUUCACUUUACGUUAGCCUAAAAUUUGACGUUGGAGAAGGAAUUAUAAAAUUAAACACUGCUAUGUGUUUGUGUCCAGUGAACUGUUAAUUUAGAGAGGAUACGGUUUUGUAACCACUUUUAUUUACCAUGACACAUUUCUAGGGGGGAAACCAUACCAAUUGGUUGUGAUGCUGCUUUGUGUGUGUGUGUGUAAGGGGGAAAAGAAUAGGGGAGGAAAGAUGGGGCCAGCAUUAUUUUAAUUUUUGGUUUUUUGAAAAAAGAUUGGAUAAUCUUUUGCAAGAUUUGAAUGUCCUCUUCUAGUACACUCAAUUGUAUAUCUUGUUGUUUUUUUUAAAUUUGAAGAUUAUAUAAAACAUGUCUAUUCUUGCAAUAGUUAUGAAUAUGUAAUAUAAGUAUUUACUCAGAGCUACUGUCUUUUAAUUAUACCAGAAAUAUACAUACUACAUUGAACUGAAUGUUUCAUAUGUGGUUUUAUUUACUAAAGAAAAUUUAAACCUUAUUAUACUUAAACUCAUAUAUAUGAACAUGCUUAAGAGAAAUAUUUAUUAAAAUCUUGGUAGUAAUAAAGAGUUUCAAGCCAGUCUUCGGUUAUGUUUCAAGUAUCACAAGACCUUUUUUGUUUGUUUCCAUUUUUUAUAAAACUGAAAUCAAUAUUGGACCCAGAGUCUUUCUGCAUUACUAGUUUACUAUAAAAAUAAAGAACUGGUAAUAUUAAUGAAUGCUGUGAAAUCAAGCAGUAGACCUACAUUUGUUGGGGUUUUGAGAGGUUUGUCUGUGAAUGUUUAAAUAUUGCAGCAAAGCUGAAGAAGACAAUCAGUAGGAUAAUUUUCCUCUUUUAUUAUUGCUCAAAUUUAAAUGUAAUCUAGCGUGUUUAUUUCAAAGACAGUGACAUUUCCCCAACUUUGAUUUCAUUCCUGUCAAACACGAUAGCAGUGGCUUAAGUGAGAUUCUCAUCCUGUUUCUCGGCAAGUAUUUGUCAAGUUACCUACAGCUUUCCUAAAUUUUGUUGAAUAUAUUGUGUAUUGGUGUUUUGAAACAUGAAAACAGCUAUAAUAACUCCUAAAAUAAGGAAGGCCCAUUCUGUGCCCAAGGGGGAUGUGCAAAUGAAAAAAAAAAACCAACCAACCAACAAAACUUCUUUUGGAUGGUUGGUAAUUUUGUUUGCAGGUACAAUGGAACAAAGAUCAAAAAACAGCUUUCUUAAGAAGUUCAGACAAAAGUAUGUCAGCCAGUUCAGCAGUUACUUACACAACUGCACAACAAUGUGAUGUCAAUAUAUUGAUUGAGGUUUUUACAUGAUUUGUGUAUUUAUUUCAUUAGAAAUAAUAAAAAAGACAAACCCCAAACCCCUAACAAGCACAAAAGACAAAAACCAAAACUCCAGAAAACUUCUCCAGAUCCCAUAGCCUCUAAAUUGAAGUACUGUGUUUCCUAGUUGGUAUGUUGCUUGAAUACCUGUUCUAUUAAAAUAUUGCAAACUUGAGCUCACAGAAGAGUGUACCAAAAGAGGUCUGACACAAAAGACAGUUUUCUUGGUUUUAACUUGGUUGCUCCUGGGAAGCUUCGCUCUGAAUGUGCUUUUUGUAGAGACUUGCUGUGGUGCCAAGCAAACUUUUGCUCUUACACUUGUACCACACACUGGCUGUUAGUAAAGCAGAUAAGUCUUCUGGAGAGAGGCAAUCUGCAUUGCCCUUUGAAUGGGCUGUGAGAAAAUGAGCUUCAAACGGUUUCUGAAAACAGCCUUUUCCUUGUGAUUAAAGAAAUAGCUGCUUUGUAGCUUUUUGUUUUUAUUUUUAAAAGUUAAAAUGCCUAGUUGUGCAACAAAUAUAUAAGUAUUGAUCGUGACUUAGUUUAUGUAAAAAGUCUAUUGCAUGUAUAGAUACUUCGGGGGUUACUGUGAUUUAAUAUAAAUAAUAAAAUAAUAUAAAUAAUA